UCGCUCGCUCGCGUGUGUGUGUGUGCGUAUGUGUGUGUUCUGCAGUGACUUCGCAAGCGUGCGCCCUGCCUAUCGAGCGCGCUUGCUGCAAGCGGGCGGAUCUUUCCUAUUAGAACAGGCUGUCUUUUUUUUUUUAAAAGCGGGUGGGAGAUUAAAAAAAAAGACUCUUCCUUGAUUCCUCCCCUCCCCUUUUAAACUGGCGUCUUGCGGUGCUUUGCAUACGAAGCUGCGUCUCCAGACGCGAUAUAAUGAAUGAACGGGAUUCUUUGAUCGCGCAGCGACACCUGUAAGGGGAGAGAAAGCGUAGGCGGAGGUGUGGUGCAGACGGGGUCAUCGAAGAUCUUUGCUGCAGAAAGACAAGACUGGUACCAGACGGGCAUCCAACAUAAAACAUUUUUUUUUAAAUCCAGCCUGCAUGACCGUCACGAAGAUGUCAUGGAAUCCUCAGUAUCGGAGUUCUAAAUUUCGCCACGUUUAUGGCAAGGCCGCCAGUAAAGAGAACUGCUAUGACAACGUGCCCAUCACCCACAGUGUCUAUGACAACCAGUUUUGUGCUGUCAAUCCCCGUUUUAUUGCCGUGGUGACCGAAUGUGCAGGUGGAGGCGCCUUUCUUGUUAUACCAAUCAGUCAAACAGGAAAACUUGACCCGCAUUAUCCUCGCAUCUGUGGGCAUAAAGGACAUGUAUUAGAUAUCAAAUGGAACCCCUUUGAUGACUUUGUAAUAGCAUCCUGUUCGGAAGAUAACACAGUUAAGGUCUGGAAUAUCCCUCAGCAUUUGCUAACCAAAAGCAUCACAGAUCCCCAUAAGGACCUUCUUGGCCAUUCCAGAAGAGUGGGGCUUAUUGAAUGGCACCCAACUGCAAGUAACAUCCUCUUCAGCACUGGUUAUGAUUACAAAGUCAUGAUCUGGAACCUUGAUACCAAAGAACAUACAAUUCAGACGCCAGUAAGGACAAUCGACUUCCAUACAGAUGUCAUCCUUUCCAUGUCAUUCAACACGGAUGGAAGCCUCUUAGCCACGGUCUGCAGGGACAGGAAAAUAAGGAUCAUUGACCCGCGAGCAGGAACUAUCUGUCAGGAAGCAAGCAGCAAAUCUCACCGAGUGAAUAAAGUUGUGUUUCUAGGAAACCUGAAAAAGCUGCUCACCACAGGGACAUCCAGCUGGAAUAAUAGGCAGAUUGCCUUGUGGGAUCAGGAUGAUCUUUCUGUGCCUUUACAUGAGGAAGAUGUGGAUGGGUCGUCGGGCCUCUUGUUUCCUUUCUAUGAUACAGACACACAUAUGUUGUAUGUCUUAAGCAAGGGAGAUGGGAACAUCAGGUACUAUGAGAUAAAUGUGGAGAAACCAUACCUAUAUUACCUGACUGAAUAUCGUUCCCCUUUGCCUCAGAAAGGAAUUGGUGUGAUGCCCAAGAGGGGCCUCGAUGUCUGUGCCUGCGAGAUCUUCCGGUUUUAUAAACUGAUUCCAGUCAAAAGCCUGAUUGAACCCAUUUCUAUGAUUGUACCCCGACGGUCUGAAUCGUACCAGGAAGACAUCUAUCCAAUGACAGCUGGGGUACAGCCAUCAUUGACAGCACGAGACUGGCUGAAUGGCACUAAUAAAGGUCCUGUCUUGAUGUCUUUGAGGCCAGGUUCUGUGAUCUUGAAUUCUUUACCACCAUUUCUUGAAAAGGAGAUUGCCAUGGAAGCAACUAAGCCUGCCCCGCGUCGGGACAGAGUGACUGAUAUCACCGAAAAGUUGAAUGAGAUCCAAGAGAAAUGGGGGACCAGGAAAAUAGAGGAAAGACAAGAGCAAAACAGACGAAUGAAGUUAUCUAAUGGUGUUGAUACCUAUGAAUGUCCUCCACCUAAAACAGAAAAUGAGCUGCUACAGAUGUUUUAUCGACAGCAAGAAGAAAUUCGGCGGCUCCGUGAAGUGCUGAUCCAGCGGGAUAUUCAGAUCAAACAGUUACAGCUGGAAAUCAAAAACCUGCAUGUGGAUUCUCGCCGAUUCUGACAGGCUAUCCUUUGGAGUCUCAGAACAAAUGUUGCCAGAAAUCACUAUAUUUUGGAGAUUAUAGAUUAGAAGGAGAAUUUCAGAUUUAUUGGCAAGUUAUUGUCUACCUUGAGUGCCCAUAUCCUGCAAGCUGGAAUUUACUGGAAGUUACUGGGAGGUUUUGUGGUGCUCUAUUUAUCGGACUCAUUCUUUGCAAGAAAAUCCAUGUUUCAAAGUAGUCCCAUAAUAACUCAAUUGGAGAUGUUUCAAAGUGGAAGGCAGACCUGCCUGAGUACGAACCUCCUUUCAGGUCCCCAGUAGACAACUGAACUUUGAAAUACGGUUGCUUGGACUUUCAGGCUUUUUAGCAUUCAACUCUUUCACAUGGUGAUGAACCAAAUAGAAGUUGUUCUGGACUCUUUUUGUUCUGCAUUCUUGGAUGGAUCAGAAUGAUUUUAGAGGUUUUAGAGGUUUAGAGGUUUUAUUUGCAUUUGUAGGCCGCCCUUUUCCCUGAGGGGACUCAGGGCGGCUCACAGAA